UUAAUAACUGGCGAAUCACCUUUGUUCUCUUAAAGCGACGUCCACAUGCAAAGUGUGAGAUCAAAAUGGUUCUAGACAAGCUGGUGUCAAAUGCUGCUGCUGCCGAGCAAACUGUGAAGAUUUUAUCUCAAAGACUUGCUGGUUUGCAAAAAGCCUACGAGGAACAGAAACGGCAAAGAGAAGAGCUUGAAAAAUGUAAGAUUGUCAAGGAAAAUGAAAGCUUAAAGCAGCAAAUUGAGGGCUUGAAGUUUGAUGUGGAUUGUUUGCGUGUUCAAAAUGGAGCAAGAAGCAUACGAUUGCCAAAAAGCAAGCCAGUGUCACUCGCUCCUGUUGAUUUGCCAAAAGAAGAGGACAAGAGCAACACCAGAGCUGCUACCGAGACUCAACCCAUUCAGGCAAAUGAGAAGAAAGUAAACAACAAAAAGAAGGCAAAGGAAUCAAGUGAGGAGAAAUCAAAGCCGAACAACGCUGGCAAGUCAGACGAAUCACGCCCCGUUGAUGCUAGCAGACUCGAUCUGAGAGUUGGCAAAAUAAUCCAUGUUGAAAGACAUCCAGAUGCAGAUACUUUGUAUGUCGAAAAAGUCGAUCUUGGCGAAGAAAAUCCACGAACCAUUGUAAGUGGCCUAGUCAAGCAUGUGCCAAUAGAAGAAAUGCAGAAUCGAUUGGCUAUUUUCAUGUGCAACUUGAAGCCUGCUAAGAUGCGUGGAAUUUUGUCUCAAGGCAUGAUAAUGUGCGCAUCAACUCCUGAGAAAGUCCAGCCCCUGUUGCUUCCAGAGGGUGCAACUAUUGGGGACAAAGUGCGGAUGCAGGGAUACACGGUUGAACCAGAUGUACAACUCAAUCCAAAAAGAAAGAUCUGGGAGCAGGUCAAACCUGACAUGCUUGUAAAUAGCAAAGGCAUUGCAUCUUACAAAGGAAAAGAAUUCUAUAUUGAAGGAAAAGGGUCUUGCUAUUCAAGUGUCUUGAAGAACUGUCCAAUAUCCUAGAAAUCAACUUCAAAGAAGACACCAUAUUUUUAUGAAAUGACUCAUAAAUGAUAGUGCAAUACCAGCAAGUCUAGAGUUCAAGCAGAUCAAUGCAUUUGAUUAAUGCAGCUUUGUAUCAUGAUUAUUUAAUUGUGUCUCUA